GAACGGAGGCAGUCCUCUGGUAUCAAGGAAUGGCUGCAAGUGCAAGUACAGAGUGAGGUGGUUCUAUUCCAAGGGAGCCUUUCUUGUUCUGGUCUGGGUUAUGCUGUUGACUAUAUCCUGUGUAUCAGUGUCUUCUGUGUUCCGUCAACGAUCUGAUGUAAAAUUUGUCAUUUCAAAAUGGCUACCUGCUAUCCCAAUUGUGUUUGGUUUGUUUGGAACUGUUUUCUCAGGAUGGCUAGCCGACGCUAAGCUGGGGAACUACAGAGUGAUGAAAUACAGUUUUGUACUGUUAUUCUUCCUUUGUUUGUUUUCUAGUGCCUUCACCCUAGUUCCUAACAUUACUCAUUAUGUAUAUGUUGUGAGUGUCUUGUAUUGCAUAGGUGGGAUUCUCUUUCUAGUAGCUGCAGUAGCAUGCUUUGUUACCUCACUACAACUAGUCUAGGCCUGGAUCAAAUGCCUCAUGCUUCAUCUUCCAAUAUCACUAGUUUUAUUGCCUGGUUUGCAUUCUGUAUCUAUGCUGGUAUUUGGAUCCCUUUUGUUGUCGAUUUGCCCAUUAUAUCAGAUGUUUUGUGUAUCAGUCGUUCAUCAUACUGGGUUGUCCAACUGUACAGUUUGCUGUCACCUUUGUGCACGAGUGUUGUUCUUGUUCUUGACUUUCUCCUAGCUAAAAAAUGGCUGAUAAUUGAGCCAAAGUCACCUCAGUCCUUCAAAACCAUCUACCAUGUUCUCAAGUUUGCUGCCAAGCAUAAAGCUCCCCUCAAUCGCAGUGCUCUCACAUACUGGGAGGAAGACGUACCUUCAAGAAUAGACCUGGGAAAGUCGAGAUACGGUGGACCAUUCACUACAGAGCAAGUUGAAGAUGUGAAAACCAUCCUACAUUUGUUGCCCCUCUGCUUAACUCUAUGGCUUCUCGGGUGCUCGCUUGCAUUCUUCCAUCCACUAAACUAUGCUAGUGUUUAUCCCCCAGAUUGGAAGCAUUAUGUUUCAAGGCUUCUGGCUUUAUUCACGUAUCACCAUUUGUGGUGUGGUAUGGUUUGGACUGUCUUUUAUGAGUUUGUGCUAUACCCAGUGAUACGUAAUAAACUUCCCAGCAUUCUUAGAAGAAUUGGGAUAAUUUCUCUCUUCAUUACAACUCUCAGUGUUGUGUUUCUAAUUCUGGAACUAGUACAAAACAAUUACGGUGAUAAAUUAGUUGCCAAAUAUGUUACAAUCGUUUUGAAUUCAAUUUCUACUGGUGUGCUCACAAUGUUCCUUGCUAGUACCGUGAUGGAGUUAGUUUGUGCUCAAGCUCCAUACAACACGAGAGGAUUGUUUGGAGGAUGUAUGGUGUUGGUGUUAUUCUCAUCUCUUGUUAUUGGCGAGAUUUUUCCACCGAAAAACACAUUAACAAUAUAUGGGGUUAGAGUAGGCAUCAGUCUGCUUGGAUUCAUCCUGUACUGCCUCCUGGCUCACUGGUACAAGAGGAGAGUUAGAGACGAGGACUACAAUGCACACAGAGUGGUGGAGGAGGUCUAUGAUCGAUAUUUGUCAGCUCAGCACUGACUACUGUUAUUCAUAUUAUGUGUUUGUCGAUCAUGUAUGUUCAGAACAAUUGUAUGCAUGCUUAGUUUAUGUACAACGUUUCACUGUUAUAAUAUUUUAAACAUACAGUGUUUACACAUGCACAUAAUCAAUAUUAUGAUAUUAAUUGUCAAUGGACACCUUUGAUAAUCUUCGUGCUUGUAUUAUGGAUUUUAGUAAGAAUAUACUGAAAGUACGCGAUUAAUAGCAACAUGAUAAUGAUUCAUAACCAUUUGGGAGAAAUCUAUAGUCUCCUUUUUAUAAUGACUGAUUACACUAGAACUAUGCUCAGCAUUUACAGGUGUAUCUCCAUGGGGACUACAAUGCAAUCCAAUAGAAAGUGUGAAUGCACAGUAUAAGUGUUUUAGCAACCCUGUGUCUGUUAUGACAACUAACUCUACGACGAAUGGAGGCAGCUCUUUGAUAUCAAGGAAUGGCUGCAAGUACAAGUACAGAGUGAGGUGGUUCUAUUCCAAGGGGCCUUUCUUGUUCUGGUCUGGAUUAUGCUGUUGACUAUAUCCUGUAUAUCAGUGUUUCAUAUGCUCCAUCAACAACUUGCAAAUCUCAAUUUUGUAAUUCAGAAAUGGUUGAUUACUAUCCCAUGCACUUGUGUUUGGUUUGUUGGGAUCUGUUUUCUCAGGAUGAUGGCUAGCCGACGCUAAGCUGGGAAACUACAGAGUGAUGAAAUACAGUUUUAUACUGUUAUUCCUCAUAAGUUUGCUUUCUAGUGCCUUCACCCUAGUUCCUGCAUGACAUUACUCAUUACGUGUAUGUUGUGAGUGUCUUGUAUUGCAUAGGUGGGAGUCUCUUUGUAGUAGCUGCAGUAGCAUGCUUGGUUACCUCACUACAACUAGGCCUGGAUCAGAUGCCUGAUGCUUCAUCUUCCAAUAUCACUAGUUUUAUUGCCUGGUUUGUAUUCAGUAGUAUCUAUGCUAUAUAUAUGGUUUGUAUAUUCAGUAGUAUCUAUGCUGGUGUUUGGAUAUCUGAUUAAUUCUGGUAUUUUUUGUAAUAGUCGAUUAUCAUACUCAGGGUUAAAAAGUGGUGAAAACUCGUAACUUCCUAUAUUCAGUCUACUCUAUUGGAUACAGCGUUGGAUUUGUCGUUGGUCCUAGUAUAAGCAGUAACAUCCAAAAGCCUAUAGAUCGGCAACUACUCUGUUGAUACCAAUUUCAAUCCGACAUUAUACUUCUUAAUACUCAUUCUGCAGGUGUUUCAGUAAUAUUUUCUAAUGAGCAGUAUCAAUCCAUUGGUUGGUUCAAUGUAGCUUUUGGAGUUACAUUGUUAAUCUUGUUCUGUUUUCUCUUCCGUGGAGAGAGUAAUGGAACAGAACUAAUUGUCAUGAGCUUUGUGUCUGCUCAAAAAACAACUCAAGUUCGACCAAGCCUGGACGCACUGCAAAUAUUCAUAGCAUUAUACCAAUGCAAGUGCAUAUCGAAAGCAUUAUAGCCAUACAGAGCAUUAUAAUUAUACGAGACUCAGUCAAAAUCUGUGCAAUAAUUGAAAACACACACAAUUGCACUGUCAAUCCUAUGUCAUGCAGAGCCUAUAAUUAUACUAAU